AUGUGUGGAGGAUGUGGAACAGUAUCUCUAACAACUAUCCAACGAAUCGAUUCUACUGGGUUAACACGGCAUAUAGCAGAGAUGCUAGAUUAUCUUAUUGUUUUAUAUCUUGAUCAGGUUGUGUUCACGGAGGAGAACAGGCAUUCAAGGUCUGGUGGCAUGGUUCAACACCAUUGUUCAGAUCUCGAAAUCAGGUACCUAUUGUUGGCUCUUACCUACCUAGGUACUUUAAUGGAAGGCGUAGGUAAUACCUACUAG